GUAAUAUUAUCAGCUGUUCAUUUUUCAGGAGUGUGCAGACAUGGCUACGCUUUGCUCGAGAUUUUCAAUUAUUUCAAGAAGAAUUUCUACUUCUAGGAUCUUUGCCACUAAUAUGGCUGAUCCCCUAGAGCAUGCUACUGGCUUAGAAAAACGGGAGCUUCUAGCACGGGUUGCUGGAAAUGAUAAUCCUUUUGAUUUUCGUGUGCUGAAACGUGGGCCUGGUACUCGAGACUGCCCAAAUCAGGUCCCAUCUAGUUUUGAUUCUCGGUUGGUUGGAUGCAUCUGUGAAGAAGAGGCUUCAUCUAUUCAGUGGAUGUGGUUGCACCAGGGUUGUCCUCGUCGCUGUGCCUGUGGACAUUGGUUUCAGCUGGUGUACAAAGCACCAGUCUAGUCACUUAUGCUGUUUAAGGAUCAGUUGAACACAGUCAUCAUUUUAAUAUUAAAAAAGCAUUGUUUGUAAUAAAUUAUAAAUAUGUUUGAGAAUGAUGCUGUUUGCCAUCUGUAUCAUCAUUUCUGUAUAGCUUAUUAGUCAAUAUUAAAUGUCAAUGAUUAUGACAUUAUUGAUAAUUUUCUUUAUUCUUUGUCGAUUUCAAUGAAUAAAUUGUCUUAUUAAAUAGUACUAAUAUUUACUUUUAUUCUAUUUGUUUAGGUUCUAUGAAUUUUUAAACUGCCUAUUUGUUUGUUGAUUGUCUCUAAACAGGGCGAGUCAGGAGGGAUAGGCCAAAAUCCAGGAGUAUAAUAUAAUUUUAAAAAAUUCACAUAUUCUUGUCUGAUUUUCAUUUGUUUGAAUUUUAUUGCAUAAUCAUAAAUGAUCAAAAUGUCACAAAUGAACAAUAUCUCAUACAUGUAUUAGUAUUUCAGUUAUUGAAGUCUUAUUUCUAUAAAUUUCUGAAAAUAGUAAUAUUGACUUCUGAUCAUUUAUGGUUUUGUCUUUGAAAAGCAACUGAAUGUUUCAUUUCUUCCUUUCACGGCACUAGCAGAAGUUCUUAUACCUUGAAUUAGUUUCUACUUUUACUUUGUAUACUUUAUCUUUGAACCAGCCUCAUAAAUAAUAGUCCAGUACUAUGAGGACUGGAGAUCUUGGAGGCCAACUAAUUAGAACACCGCAGCCAAUCCAAUGUUCUGGCAACCUUUAAAAUGAAUGGGAGCUCUGUCAUGAUGAAAACACAUAUGCAUUCUGAUGUUUAGAGAAAAAUUCUCUAAUACUCCUUGUAAUUCAAAUUGUAAAAAAUCUAAGUAGUCGUCUUAUGUGAUUCAAUUCUUUAAAAUGAAGUGGUCAGUUAAAUCUAAUAUGAUUGUAACUUGUUUACAAUAUGCUGCAAACAAAAUCAUCACACUGAUACCGAAAUCCUAAUAGAAGUAUGAGACAUUGUUUAUUAGUAAUUAACCAAUUUAAACAAAUGCAAAUUGAAUGAAAAUAUGUGAGUUUUUCUUCUUCUGAACCCACUCCUGGAGUUUAACCUGUUCUUACCGACUCGCCCUUUCUAUUUGAUAAAUCUUGUGUUUUUAAUUAAUUAUAUAACCUGCGAUCCUAUGAUGUAAACAAGCAUACAAUUAUUCUCUAUUUUUUUUACAAAUGAGCGCACUUGUGUCUGCAGACACAUGCUCAAAAAUUCUGAUAUUUGUUUUUAAAAAUAUAUAGAUGUGCCUUUCUUA